UGAGGUGUCGGCCGGCGGGGCUGCGGCCGGGAGCGGGGGGCGGGUGCGUUGGUCAUGUUUACCUUCGGGCCCGGUAGUCCCGAAGGGGAUGGGACGGCCGGAACCGGGGCUGAGGAGCCGUCACCCCGUGCGGGGCAGGCGGCAGCCGCCGGGCCGCUCCCUUCCCCGUCCGCGCCGCCGCAGCCCGGGGCUGACGCAGCCCCUCCCCCCUUACUGGGUACCAUUAUCACUGUCAUUUAUAAAGACUUCUCAGUACAGAGAAGGAGAGGUGACACGGAAGAGAAUGCUAGAAAACUAAAGGGAAAUAUAUCCUUUGCUUUCAGGUCAGUGCUGACUGUUGCUUGUGAACAGACUGAAGUUCUGCUUUUUGAUCCUAUAUCUUCAAAGCACAUAAAAACACUUUCUGAAGCUCAUGAAGAUUGUGUAAAUAAUAUCAGAUUUCUUGAUAACCGGCUGUUUGCUACCUGCUCUGAUGACACUACAAUAGCACUAUGGGAUCUGAGAAAACUGAACACCAAAGUAUGCACUUUACAUGGUCACACUAGCUGGGUGAAGAACAUCGAAUAUGAUACUAAUACAAGACUCUUAGUAACAUCAGGAUUUGAUGGAAAUGUCAUUAUUUGGGACACCAACAGGUGUACAGAAGAUGGAUGUCCACAUAAGAAAUUCUUUCACACACGUUUUCUCAUGCGAAUGAGAUUAACACCAGAUUGUUCCAAAAUGUUGAUCUCCACGUCCUCUGGAUAUCUUUUGAUUUUGCAUGAUCUUGACUUAACCAAGUCUUUAGAAGUAGGCAGCUAUCCCAUUUUGAGAGCAAGAAGAACUACAUCAAGUUCAGAUCUGACUACUUCAUCAAGUUCAUCUGGUCCUCGAGUUUCUGGUUCACCUUGUCAUCAUAGUGAUUCUAACUCAUCUUCUGAGAAACACAUGUCACGAGCAUCACAAAGAGAAGGAGUUUCACCACGAAAUAGUCUUGAAGUCUUAACUCCUGAAGUUCCUGGUGAGAGAGACCGUGGAAACUGCAUCACGUCCUUACAGCUGCACCCAAAAGGCUGGGCCGCUCUCCUUAGGUGCUCAAGCAACACCGAUGAUCAGGAGUGGACUUGUGUCUAUGAAUUCCAAGAAGGAGCUCCUGUGCGACCUGUCUCACCUCGCUGUUCUCUACGACUAACUCAUUACAUUGAAGAAGCCAAUGUAGGCAGGGGUUAUAUCAAAGAACUUUGCUUCAGCCCUGAUGGGCGAAUGAUCUCUUCCCCACAUGGCUACGGGAUUCGCUUGUUGGGAUUUGACAAACAGUGCAGUGAACUUAUAGACUGUUUGCCCAAAGAAGCCAGUCCUCUGCGGGUGAUCCGUUCUCUGUACUCUCAUAAUGAUGUGGUACUGACGACAAAGUUCUCUCCAACACAUUGUCAGAUUGCCUCAGGGUGCCUUAGUGGACGGGUUUCUUUGUAUCAGCCAAAGUUUUAGGCACAACUUAACAUCAAAUAAGGAAUUCUUCUGGUGUUUGACUUAUAAAUUACUUCAAUUUAGGUGAAGUAUUUCCUUUUUAGAAGAUCUUAAAAGUUUGGGUCAAGAUCCCAGUUCUUACGGGUCCACGGACACACCUGUGACCUGAGGACUUGGCCGUCCGGCAUCGUAGGGGCCUCACCAAGUUAGACUCGACGCAGCAGCAGCUUUUCCGCAUUCCUCUGCUCCUGCUCAUCUGUGCCACUGGGACUUCAGUUCUUCUGGUUAUUUUGCAUGGUAGCUCUCGUCAAGUUUCUUUACUUCUUGUUUUUUGAUUUCAGUGUGAAUUUUGUGGACGUCUGGCAGGAGUUUUGGCUGGGUUAGGAGAAACCCAUGACACUGGUAUUGAAUAAAACCCAGAAGUUCGAUGUCAGCAUACUGGUCAUUGAAAAAGAAAUUUCAUCUUCACUUAUCAGUAUACCUGGCCUUUUAAAGUUGCUGUUACGUUUCUCUAUAAUGAGCACAGUUAAUGGCAUUAUUCUCAUAAUGUUAGUCUUACAACAAAAAUGUCUUUUAAGUUUCCUGUUAAAAUUAUACGUAUUUUUUCACCGUGAGGGGAAUUUUGUUGUAAAACUCUAGAAAAAAUAAUUACCACCUCUCUUUGUAAUUUACUUGUAUGAAUUUAAAAAUCUCUAGCAUGUGUCCUUAUUUGGUAUUUUGUUCCUGUCAACAGCAUUUAGAAAGGAAAAGAGAAGGAAUGGGCUUUGAUCAUUUCUAUUAUAUAGAAGAGGAUUCAUUAAGUUAGUACACUGUCUAGUCAGAGUGAUGAGAACAAUGUGGCUUAGUGUCUGUUUUCUCUACCAGACUCUUUGACUCACACAGGGUGACAUGUUAUGUUAUUAGGGUGGAGGGGGGGAUUGAGAGUAAAGAGGUUGUGUUUUCCUCAUCUUUACUCCUUGAGCCAGGUGGCACAAACUCGACCCUUAGCAUUAGGGAGGGCAGAACUGCAGUCCUGUUCAAGGCGUGACCUAACUACAGUAGUCAGCGACUUGGAUGUCAAGACAAAGAGCUGACGUGAAGGCCUCUUGUAUUUUGUUACGGAACACAGCAAGUAAAAAACAUCAAGCAGGGGUCAGUCACCGGGCUGACUGGCCUGCUGAAGUAAAGCAGCUUUCUUCUAGUCUCCACUUGGAAUGGUAUUAUAUUUAAUAAGGGAUCCACCAGAGGCUGCAGUAAUUUAAGCCACACGCUAGCUCGUUCCCUCUCAGAUCACAUUCUCUUAGGCCAAUGGUUCUCAAAUAGUAGGGUGCAUUACAAUCAUUGAGGAGCUUGUGGAAAACACAGAAACCUGGCCCUCACCUUAGGAGGUUCUGAUUCAGCCAGGGAGAGGACAGGAAUCUAUUUUUAAUAGGAACCUCAAGUGAUCUUUACUCAGGUGGUCCCUGGAUCAGAGUUUGAAAAACACUACCUUAAACAUCAGUAAGUACUUCUGUACCUAUUAGGUGCUUAACUCCCAGAAGGUGUUUUAAUUAUUAAAAAAAAUCGUAAGUAAAUGAAAUCCAUUUUAGAGGUAGAAAAUGUAAUCAAUCUCAUUAUCUGAUGAAUGAGAAAAGUUAAGUGACUUGCCUGAAGUCAUCUUACAAAAUUAGCGGCAGAGCCAGAACUUGAAUUCAAGUCUCCUGAUUCCUUGCUCAGGGCAAUUUCUAAUGCAUUAUGCUGGCUGUUAAAACAAUGAUUUAUUUAUGAACACUUUA